AUAUUAUACUCACUGUAUAUACCAGUAUAUACUGUCACGAAGUCAGAUUUUUCGUCGUUGGUUCUGCAAAUUUGUAUACGUAUACAGUAUACUUGUGGGCGCGAUUCGCGCCGCUGCUAGAUUAUCGUGAAUUCGAGUAGCCAAGCAGGUUAUAUUUUCUACUGUCGAAAAAAUGAAUAUUGUGGAGGUUUUGAGGCAAGCGGAUGCCUAUCCAAAAACUCUCGAAGAUUUUCGAGUAAAAACUUUCAGCGGCGCUAUUGUGACGAUAAUAAGCUCAACCAUUAUGUUUGUACUAUUCGUCUCUGAGUUGAAAGAUUAUCUCACACCAAGUAUAAACGAAGAGUUAUUUGUCGACACCUCCAGGGGUUCCAAAUUACGAAUUAAUUUGGAUGUUGUUGUUCCUGCCAUUUCUUGUGACCUUCUAUCUUUAGAUGCAAUGGACACAACAGGGGAACAGCAUCUGCAAAUAGAUCAUAAUAUAUUUAAAAGACGCUUGGACUUGAGCGGAAAACCCAUAGAGGAUCCCAAAAAAACAGAUAUUAUGGAAACAAAAUCUAGUGGAAAAAGUAAAGUUGAAAUGUCAUUGCAGGAGGACAAUGCUACUCUCAUAGCCUGUGGCUCCUGCUAUGGCGCUGAAAACAUAGGAAUGAACAUAACUUGCUGCAACACAUGUGAGGAGGUGAGAAAAGCAUAUAGAAUUAAAAAAUGGGCAUUUCCGGAUCCGGUAUCAAUCGAACAAUGUCACAAUGAUGAGUCAAUGGAGAAACUGAAGCGAGGUACAAGUGAGGGUUGUCAAAUUUAUGGAUACAUGGAAGUUAAUCGGGUUGGUGGGAGUUUCCACAUUUCACCUGGCGAAAGUUUUUCCAUCAAUCAUGUUCAUGUGCAUGAUGUUCAGCCGUACACAUCUUCGCAAUUUAAUCUCACUCACAUAGUUCGUCAUUUGAGUUUCGGUCGCAACAUACCAGGAAAAACAAACCCUAUGGAUAACACGACGGUCAUAGCACAAGAAGGAGCGAUGAUGUUCCAACAUUACAUUAAAAUCGUACCGACCACUUAUGUUCGCGCCGGUGGCUGGCAGUGGCAAACUAAUCAAUUCUCAGUCACGAGACAUUCACGCAAAGUUUCAGUUCUGACUGGUGAAUCAGGCGUACCAGGUGUAUUUUUCACCUAUGAACUGAGUCCAUUAAUGGUCAAGUAUACGGAAAAGGACAAAUCAUUUGGGCAUUUUGCUACCAACGUAUGCGCUAUUAUCGGUGGUGUCUUUACGGUUGCCGGCUUAAUCGAUUCUUUUCUUUAUCACUCGGUUCGCGUCAUACAAAAACAUGAACUGGGAAAAUUCAACUAAGACAACGCUGAUCUUCACUAGUCGUUAGUUCAUUUUCACCAACAUUUAUACAAAUCUUGAUUCUUAGAUUUUGUCGAUUUUUAGCCAUCACUUGCGCAAAUUUUAAAGACCUUCACAAUAUGAAAAAAAAUUCUAUUCCGGAUACGAAAUGCCAUGUCUUUUGAUAAAUUUUGACUGAUAAGAAUAUAAGUUCCUCUGUGAAAUCUUUUA